AUGGACGACCUAGAGAAAGCGAUUUUAGCCAUCAGUUCUCCAUUAACUUCAUCUUCUGAUAAGCUGAAAGCGUUAGAGAUAUGUAAUUCCGCUAUUCUUUCCAAUAAUGGCUGGCAGAUUUGCCUUCAGUAUUUCAUUUUGAAAGAACAGGUAGAUGUAAGAUUUUGGUGUCUUGGAAGUCUUGUAAAAAUAGUGGAAGCGAAUAAAAUAAACACCUCUCUAGAAAGAGGUUUUAAUAUUGGUGAAGAAGAGCGCACUUCCCUACGUGACUCCAUUAUUCAAUAUCUUAAGGAAGGGAUGAGUAAAAGAGAUGAACCAAAAUACAUUCGUACAAGAUUAGCCGAGCUAUAUGUUAACCUCAUGUAUAUUGACUAUCCAGGGAAAUGGCCGUCGGCAGUGUAUGAUUUUGCUUCACUAGUUACUUUAAGGGAAUGGAUGCCUGACAUGUUUAUUCGAAUUCUUAAUGCUUUCGAUAAAAUCAUUGUCAAUGGCGAUAAUAUACAGAACUCUUCAGAUUUAGAUAUAAGAAGAAAUAUUAAAGAUAAAAUGCGUGAGAAUGGUGAUAUAACUUUGAUAUUUAAUACAUGGGGCUUAGUUAUAACAAAGUUUGAUAGUUUGACUACAUCCUAUAUUGGCGUAGAUAUACUAUCACGAUCUCUAACUGUAAUGCAGUCAUUUAUUAAUUGGAUUGACAUUUCUUAUGCAAUUAAUAAAGAUGUGUUAAAUAUAAUAUUUCACCUGUUAGACCCUGAGAAAUCUCCAGUAGUUGCUGAAGCACUGGAUUUUAUUGCUUCGAUUUUUAUGAAAGGUAUGAUACCUAACAUAAAGAUUAAGCUAUUCUUAGAUAUGCAUAUUGUAGAGCUGAUUCAGAGUCAUAUGCCUCUUGAUAUAUCAAAUAUCACAACCCAAAGGUUCUCUUCUAGUGUAGCACCAAAGUGGGGUCUAAUUCAGAACUAUGAUAUAAUUACUGCAAUUGAAAGAGACCCUUGCAAGAAUUCUUAUAAAAGUUUUUGCUCAUUCCUACUUAGCCUACGGGCCCGCUGCAUUUUGAGACUGUUAAAUGAACUAUUUCAAUCAACCAAAGCUUUGGCAAAAGAGCUGAAAACAAAUAAUUUGCCAAAUCGUGCAGAUUACUUGGAAACUUUUUCUCAAGCUCUAAGCAUUUUUGAGUUACUGAUACCGAUUUUAAGUGAAAUUUUGGCUAUUGAUGAUCUUAACUUUUUUGAUGUUAAAUCUGAUGCAUGCCGCCUUCUUAAUUCAUUUUUUUCAAGCCUAAAAUCAGAUAUAUAUAUUAAUGGACUUUCAGUAAAAUGGUAUAGUCAAGUAUUUCUUCGUCCUUUUUUAUACAAGUUGUUAUUUAAUGUGUUAAAGGUAUCUGAGAGAUCUGAACAGUUCUAUUAUUACAGAAAUGACAGUUAUGAGAUAUCAUCCGAAUUGGAAGAAGAUACUUCUAGCAACAUUUUGAAUACCCCAAAACUCUCCGAUGUAGGAAUGCUUUUUUCUUCUAUUCUUGAACUAGACUCAGGAUUGGUCUCCAAUUUUAUGGAAGUGAUUAUUGAACAAAUUUUGAGUGGAAUACAAUCACUUAGUUUUUCUCAAGUUGAUUCUGUUCUAUUUUUACUAUCAAAAUUUGGGUUUGCAAUAUUAACUGAGAGGAAACGCUAUUCAAGAGUUCGUAAUGUUCUGAACAGCCAAAAAUAUGCUGAAUUAAAUACAACUUUAGUUAACCGUUACACAAAGUUUGUAAGUGAGAUUCUGAAUUACCCUCCUAUAAUUGGCUUUUCCUGCAACUGCAAAGAUCCUGGUCAGAAUGGUCUACAUCCUGAAAUAUUUUUUCGUCGUUCUUUAUCUAGUAUAUUUCGGUACUUUUAUGAAAUAUUAGAUCUACCUAUCAACACUUUUUCUUUAACAAACCACCAAAUUAAUCGAGAUAUUGGGAAAAUAAUAGACAUUUUUCUUAGUGAAUAUGGAUUUUUGAAUCGUCAUCCUACUAUUUCACUUGAUGCAUCGAAAGAUAUACUGCAGAUUACUCGCUUGUAUAGUGGUUUACCAACUGAACUUUACACUAAAUAUAUUGAUGCACUACAGUCGCAUAAAGUUUUAAGAGGAAUUUUUUCUCUUGUAGAUAAUCUAGAUAAGUCUAACCCUCAAGUUCAAACAGCUGAUAGUCAUCUUCAUUCAAAAUCUUUAACAAUAUUAUGCGAAGCGUUAGGAAAUUUAUUAUAUAAUAGCUUUAAAGUCCAAAAUUCCAAUGUAGAUAAACAACACAUUACUGAGAAAUACGAAGAUAUGAUCAAGUCUUUAUUAGCAUGUGCUAUGAGAUUGCUAGAAUAUACUCCACCUGCAGGACCACUUAUUAAACAGUAUUUGAUUAACUGGCAAUACUCAAUGGAGAUAAUCUAUAUGAUAGUGUGUAUAGCUGAUGGAAUGGCUGAAUUUACUCCAUAUUUAAAACAUAUGUGGAGUGCUACUUUAAAUAUCAUAAUACUACUACUAAGUAAACCUCAUAUUGGAUUCAUAAAUAACAGGUGGCAGUUACCAGUUUUAGCACCAGUUCAUCGUCUUGCUCGUAGUAUUAGUACUGAAAUAUUCAAGCAUCUUGGCUCACUAUGUGAAGCAUAUUUAAAACCUUUCUUAGACUUAAAAAUUCACCCAAAAGAGUUAGAAAACUGUGACAAUUUUGGUUCUCAGUUAUUAAGUGCAUGUGAAGAAAUUUCACAACUAUUGUGUCAUAUAAUUUUAAUGAAUAACAACUGUGAAAAACUAUCAGAUUUCCUUUCUAGUUAUUUUCCAAUGAUAUUUUCAUCAAUGUUGCAACUUUGGUAUAAAUGUUGGCCAAUAGAACUUAAAAAUUCAAAUCUUUUGUUCCCAAUAUCUUUGUAUCAAGAGCUGAUUUUCUCGGAGAAUUACCACCACUAUCGUUAUGGAAUUCAAAUGGCAAUUUUAAAAAUAAUCUGUGCUAUAUCAAGGAAUAACUCUAGUAUUAGUGUACUAUUUUUUCUUCUAUUAGAUACUUCAUCAUUCAAAAAUACAAGAAAUAUACUUGAAAAUAUUAUUUUAGAUCCAAUAAAUGUAACAUUUCCACAAAGUAUGAGAACUUAUUCGAAUAUUCCACAAGAAAUCUUUGCAUAUAGAAGAUUAUUGUUUGAAAUUGAGAAUCCAUUACUUAUUUUUAUUGUGAUAUCGCUAUUACCGACACUUGGAACGCCUGCUCAGUGGGUUAUUCCAAUAUAUACUGAUUCGCAGAGUAAAGAAUACACGCUGACAACUUAUUUUAAUGACUGCCAAAGGACUACUUUUGAAAUAUUGACUCGUAUAUAUACUGUUUUCUUAGAAAAAUAUAAUUCACUAAAUUUGAGGGUAGAAUUAAGAAAUCUUUUAACUAAAAAACUGGAAAUAUUGAUGAUAUUUAUUUGGUUUUCAAUAUUAGAUACUGAUAUAGAUGAUAUAAACAUGCUGGAAUCACAAUUAAAAUUACUAAGUCUUUUAGUAAGAGGCUUAGAUACACAGUGCAUACUAAACAGGGAGUCUAUAAGAAACAAUUUAAACAAUAUUAGAACUGAGAAUACAAAUGAGGUAACAGAAUUUAUUUCUUCUGAGGCUAUCUCUGAAAUAAGAAGAUUGGUUAUUUUAGGUACAAAUAUUGCUCUGUCACCUACUGGCAGAUCGAACUUAAAUGAUUUACCUUCCGAAGUAACCUCAUUCAUAAAGCGAUGUGUGACUAUAUUUCGGGGAUAUCACUAUUAUACAACAGUAAUAUCUUCCCCAAUAUCAGGAUUUAUUAAUGAAGCCUUAUUUUUCUUGAGCAAUGCAACUAAUAAGGAUACGGUUUCUGUUGAAACUUUGAAGUCCUUUGUUGAAAGAUUUCAAUGUUAUGUCAAACAGGUGUUAUCUAUCUAG